UUUUUUUUUUUAUUAAUAAUCACAAAUUUACAAAAUAUUUAUGAUGAUAAUUUAUUUUUUAUCUGGCUUUUUCUUAGAUUUUCGAAAACAACAUUAUUAAGCAAUCACUUAGCUUUUUUACAGCUUAUCAAGGAAUGUUAAUGUAACUCAAGGUAUGAUUGGAAACAUAAAGUAGAUUAUUUUAUUCAUAAUUAGCCGAUUUCUAAUAACGAGAAUUUAAUCAGUAUGGAAGCGAAAAUAAAAUCGGAUACUAAUUUUCAAAAACAAGUUAUAUGUUAUUGUUAUUGUUAUUUGUAUGCAAAUUAAAUUGUAUAACUAAACAAAUUUAAAUGUUUAUAGGUGUGUGAGCUUGCAAGAAUCGAUGGUAAAUCAUUAAAAAAUAUGAUAUACAAAAUUAUAAAAGGAGUGUUUGACAAUAAAAUUUUAAUUGCGUAUACAUACUACGGUCUGCGGAGCAAAGAUAAUUUUUCGUUGUUAGCUGUCAACAAGGCGAUUUUUGGUAAUAAUAUAUUAAUUAAUUUAUAUCGGACUAGUUAUAGAGUUAUAAUGUAAUAUUUGUUAUUAUCAAAAAAUCUUUUGAACUAUGGCGUGGAUUAUUAUAAUAAAAUCGAAAUUUUUUAUAAUAUUAAUAUAUAAUUAUACUGUAUUUUAGGUAUAUAUUUUAUUUAAAAUAUAAAUUACACAUUAUAUGGACUAAUGAAAAAUAAAUAAAUAAAUCAUACCCUAAUAUAUGUACACAUUUUUAUGUUUUUGACAGUCACCAUUAGGUAUGUAAAAUUAAUGAAACGAUUGAACAGAAAUAAAAAUAAAAAUAAAAAAUGCAUGAAUACUGUAUAAUUAUCAUAAUUUUAAAUAUUGAAAUUAUCACAUAAUGUGGGCUACCAUUUAUAGGCCCCCACAUGAAUUCCAUAUUCAGUGUGACCCAUUGUAUUUUUGAAGAUUAAAUUUAAAAAUUACCAACUUCAAAUUGUUUUCCAUGUUUGUUGAAUAUUCAGUUCAGUGUGUACACUAAUUAAAUUUUUUUUGUGUUUGUAAAAGUAUAUUAAACUUUAAGUUAUUAAUUUUAGUAAAGAUGUAAGUGUCGAAUAAAAUGAAGAAUAAUUAUUAUUCAUUUUUGUAGGUGCAUGCAAGAAAUCAAAUUUAAAAAGUUCAUCAGAUGAUGAAAUCACCACUGCAAUCGUGAAAUGAUUAACUAGUGCCAAAGAAUGAUUGGAAAAAAAAAAAAACAUUAAAUAAUUAUUAUGAAAUGUACUAUUAAAAUGUAUAAUUAUAUUAUGUCACCGUAUAGUAGUUGUAGUUAAUAAAAAAAAAUUCCAGAC